UAUUAUCGUGCUGGAGACUUCAACAUUGCUGGCAUUACUUCUCAGAAUUACGUCCUUUCACGUUCAAUAACAUUUGACAAAGUUCCCUCUCCUGAACUCUUUGAUGACAUCAUCCAUUUCAGUGCAAGCUGGACUUAUCUUGACUCAAUGGAACUUCUCUCCACCUGGAAGAGGUUCCUUCCAAACUACAAGUGUGAUAGCAGGAACAAUGCAGUUGCAGUCAUUGGAGGACCUAACUCAAAUGUCUGCCUCCAUAUGGGCCCCAUCCUAGGAAUCUACAAGAUUCCACAGCUUACAUAUGGAUCUGCUCCAGCACUGGAUUACGAAAGCCAAGAUGCCUUUGUCCAACAAAUGUUCCCAAGAGUCACUCAUCAAUAUAAUGGGAUUCUUCACUUACUUCUGCAUUUCUGGUGGACAUGGAUCGGGGUGCUUUAUCUCGAUGAUGACAACGGGGAGAGGUUUGUGCAGAAUGUCCUUCCCUUUUUCUCUGAGAGAGGCAUUUGUUUUGAUUUCAUACAAAGACUCCCCAAACAAGGAUUUGCUGGGGAAAUGCAGAAACUUAUAGAAGAAGGAGUUGAAACGUACCAGACCAUUAUGAGAAAUACUUCCAAUGUUUUGCUCAUACAUGGAGAAAUACAGACUAUGCCAGUUUUGAGAUUCAUGAUAGCAGGCUCAGUAUAUAUGGAUGUAUCUUCAAAGCCAGGCGAUAAAGUCUGGAUUAUGAUGGCCCAAAUGGAUUUCACUUCCUUUGCUUUUCAAGGUACUUGGAGCAUUGACUUCCUUCAUGGUGCUGUAUCCUUGGCGGUCCACUCAAAGAAAGUGUCAGGAUUUGAGGAGUUUCUUCAGACCAGAAACCCUAUCUCAGCAAAAGAAGAUGGCUUUAUCCAGAUCUUCUGGGAAAGUGUAUUUGAAUGUUUUUUCUCAACCCCCACCUCAGAAGACUUGUCUGAGAAAAUCUGCACUGGGGUGGAACAACUGGAGUUGCUCCCUGGCUCUCUUUUUGAAAUGAGGAUGACUGCUCACAGCUAUAGUAUGUACAAUGCAGUCUAUGCUAUAGCACAUGCCCUGCACUUCAUACGUUCCUUGAAAUUCAAGCAAAGAGCCAUGGUAAAAGAGCAGAGAGAGCAGCUUCUUAAUCAAUACUCUUGGCAGCUUCAUCACUUUCUACAAAAAGUAUCAUUCAACAACAGUGCUGGAGAGAAAAUUUCCUUUGACCAAAGUGGAGAAAGAAUAGCUGGAUUUGAUAUUAUCAACUGGAUAACAUUUCCAAAUCAGUCUUACUUUAAAGCAAAAGUUGGAAAGAUUGACCCAUAUGCUUCUCCAAAGAGUACGUUCAUCAUUAAUGACAAUAGCAUUGUAUGGCCCAACAGGUUUAAUCAUACACAACCUAUUUCAGUGUGUAAUGAUAACUGCCAUCAAGGAUUUUAUAAGAGAAAGAAGGAAGGGAAGCCAUUUUGCUGUUAUGAUUGCCUUCCAUGUCCAGAAGGGAAGAUUUCAACUCAGAAGGACAUGGAUGACUGUGUUCAGUGCCCAGAAGGACAAUUUCCAAAUGAUGCUAAAGAUGGAUGUCUUCUGAAAAAAAUCACUUAUCUGUCUUACAAAGAACCUUUGGGGAUUGAUUUGACCAUUCUUGCACUCUCACUUUUUUUAAUUACAGCAUUGGUGCUUAUGAUUUUCAUUAAACAUCAGAGCACUCCAAUUGUCAAAGCCAACAACCGGAAUCUCACUUAUGUUCUCCUUAUUUCUCUCCUGCUCUCAUUCCUUUGUGCUUUACUAUUCAUUGGUCAGCCUGUGAAGGUGACGUGUCUUCUUCGACAAAGUGCUUUUGGCAUCAUCUUUACAAUUGCUGUGUCAUGUGUCUUAGCCAAAACGGUCAUUGUGGUUCUAGCUUUUAAAGCCACCAAGCCAAAUUCCAAAAUGAGGAAGUGGGUGGGGAAACCCCUGGCCAACUCCAUUAUUUUUUCCUGCUCUUUUGUUCAAAUAAUUAUUUGUAUGACAUGGUUGGCUACUGCUCCUCCAUUCCCAGAUUUUGACAUGCAUUGUUUACCUGAACAAAUUCUACUUGAAUGUAAUGAAGGCUCAAAUGUCAUGUUUUACUGUGUCCUCAGCUUUAUGGGUUUCUUGGCUGUUGUGAGCUUCAUGGUAGCUUUUCUAGCCAGGACACUGCCUGAUACUUUUAAUGAAGCCAGGUUUAUCACCUUCAGCAUGCUAAUAUUCUGCACUGUUUGGUUGUCUUUUUUCCCGGCCUAUUUAAGUACCAAGGGGAAAUAUAUGGUGGCUGUGGAGAUCUUCUCCAUCUUGUCCUCCAAUGCUGGGCUACUGAUUUGUAUUUUUCUUCCCAAAAUCUAUAUCAUUUGGAUGAAACCUGAGUUAAAUAAUAGGGAACAGCUAAGAAUAAAGCAUUAA